AUGAAAAUUGAUCGUUUUCUCCGCAAUACAAUUCAAUCUGGUCUUAUUCUCAAUUUUGCUCAAUUUCUCUCAUGGUUGACGAUCUGGCCUUUCAAUAAAAGACUAUAUCGUCGAAUUAACUACUAUCUUGGAACUUUACUAUGGAGUCAAUUAACUUUUCUCUACACCUGGUGGUCGGAUUCAGAUAUUACUGUUUAUGUUGAUCCCGAAGACAUCGAACAUUUAAAACACGAAUAUGCGCUUAACCUUGUUAAUCAUCGCUAUGAAAUUGAUUGGCUUGUUGGUAUGACUACAGCUCAAAAACUUGGCUUACUCGGAGGUUCGAAGAUUGUUGGUAAACGUUCGCUUAGUUUGAUACCAAUUCUUGGUUGGUCAUGGUUCUUUACUGAAUCCAUUUUCUUACGACGGGUGUGGGAAAGUGACAAAAAAGUUCUCGAACGUGACAUCCAACAACUUGUCAGUGGUUAUCCCGAUGAUUACUUUUUCAACUUUCUCAUGGCUUGUGAAGGUACUCGAUUUACAGAACGCAAGCGAUUAGAAAGCAUGAAAUAUGCUAAAGAGAAAGAUCUCCCGGAAUUGAAGUAUCAUAUUUUACCACGAACACGAGGUUUUACCAUGAUUCUUCAAGGAGCAAAAGGCAAAAUCCCGGGCGUUUAUAACUUCAUGUUGGCUUUCACAAAGGAUAGCGCUUCGCCAAGAUUUCGAACUCUAUUGAACGGUCGUCGAUGCAAGGCUCAACUUUAUGUCAAACGCACUCCGAUCACAGAAAUCCCGCAUGAAGACGAAAGCAAAUGUGCUCAAUGGUUGCAUGAACUCUUCCAGGAAAAAGAUCGUAUCUACGAUCAUUUCGUCCGUCAUGAUACAUUUGAUGGUCUCGACGUACCAAAAAUAUCUUUACCUCGCAAUUACUCUGAUAUAGCCAUUGAACUUUUCUGGCUUAUUUUCAUCGGUUUACCAUCACUAAAAUGGUUCAUACAAUUUCUUCUAGUCAGCACAUGGUCAGCUAAGAUUAUCUUCGGAUUGGUCAUUUUAAUUGGAUACAUCAUUCUCCAAGGAAUGAUUAAUAUGUCGGUUAUUAAACUCGACGCGAAGAAUAAAAAAAUGAAAUGA